CUCGCCCCGUCCCAUCCCAGAACUCAACAGCCUCUCCACUCUCCACAGAGCCCAAGCAUCUGCAUCCCAUCGUCUCCUCUCCUCCCUCAAUCUCAGGGAAGCUCUCCGCAACCAACAACAGCCAGAUGGCUCGCUUCGCCGUGGUCGCCGCCAUCAUCGCGCUCCUGGCCGUCGCCGCCGCCGCACAGGGCCCCAUGCCGGCGCCCAGGAUGGCCCCGCUCCCCGCCCCGCCGGCGAGGUCCCCGGUCGCCACCCCGCCCGCCGCAGCGUCGCCGUCCCCGAUGGCCUCUCCCCCGGCCCCGCCCACCGACGCCCCGACCGACGCUCCCAACGCGAUGACGCCCUCCGCGGUCUCCGCCACACCCUCCGGCGCCCCCACCGGCGCCCCCGCGAGCUCCGCCGUGCACUCCUCCGCCGCCAGCUUCGUCGCCGUCGCCGGCGCUGUCGCCGCGGCCGCCAUCAUGUUGUAGAUGCAGGCAGGAUCGUUCAUCUGAUCUUCGACCUGCCGCCGCGCGCCGUGGGGCUCUGAGCUCUGAGUCUGUUGCACCGUUGUUCUUGUUCGUACUACGGGAUUCUUUCUCGGUUCUCUUUGUUGAGCUCGGGAGGGGAGUGAGUUACAUGUAGCGCCGCGGUGUCGUGCCACACAUGUGCCAGAUUAUCACCAUUAAUAGAAUUCUUUCAUUUGUUUGUUA